AAGCUGCGCGCUCUCGCAGUCGGAGUCCGCGUGUUUCCAAAAUCCACCAGCUGUGGCUACACGAUUAAAACGCUCAUUCUUCUCCUCAUCCUCCAACAAACUUAGUUUCGGCUCAGCACCAUGUCUGACACCGCGCUCCUGAGCACCGUGCUGCUCAUCACCGUCAGCUUUGCGCGCUCUCAGCAGCACCAGCAGCAGCACGACUACCAGCACAUGGCCACUUUAGACGCGCGCGGUAGAUACGUGAUGAGAUGGAGCUUUGACAAGACGAGCAUCACUGUCGAGGUCUCGGCACAAACCAGAGGAUACGUCGGCUUCGGCUUCUCUCCAAACGGCGCCAUGGCUUCAUCAGAUCUCAUCUUUGGAGGGAUUGCAGAUGGGAAACCUUAUCUGAACGACUACUUUGCAGACAGCGAAAGAAAAGUCCACAAAGAUCAAGUCCAGAAUUACAAGCUGUUGUAUGCAAGAGAAAAUGACACGCACACCGUGCUGGCGUUCAGCAGGAAGCUCCAGACCUGCGACCCCGAUGACAGAGAAAUCACGGCUAGCACGAUGCGGGUGAUCUGGGCAUUUCAUGAAGAAGACGUCGGCCCGUCAGGGCCGGUGUACCAUGGAGUAAACAGAGGGAAGAAAAGUUUACGUCUCCUCAACCCUGUAUCCAGCAAGAGCAUUCCUCAAGACACAGCUAGCUUCGACCUGCGAAACGUUAACGUCCGAGUGCCUCAAAAGGACACGACUUACUGGUGCCAGAUGUAUAAAUUCCCGGAUAUGAAGAAAAAGCAUCAUGUAAUCAAAAUUGAGCCCCUGAUCCAGAAAGGUCAUGAGAAUCUGGUCCACCAUAUCCUGCUCUAUCAGUGCGAUAGCAGCCUGAAUGAAAGUGAACUAAAGAUGGGUCAUGAGUGCUUCCAUCCCAACAUGCCCGACUCCUUCAUAACAUGCCAAACUGUCAUUUUUGCAUGGGCCAUCGGUGGAGAGGGCUUCACUUAUCCUCAGCAUGCAGGAAUGUCGAUAGGAACAGCUACAGAUCCUGUUUAUGUGCUGUUGGAGAUUCAUUAUGACAACCCUUCUAUGCAGAGAAGAAUAGUGGACAGCUCUGGUCUGCGUCUGUUCUACACACCCAAGCUGCGAAGGUAUGAUGCGGGGGUGAUAGAGACAGGGGUGUGGGUAAGCCUUUACCACAUGCUGCCUCCUGGGAUGCAGGACUAUGUCACUGAGGGUCACUGCAUGCAAGAGUGUCUGCAGGAGUCUUUGGAGAGUGAGAUGCCCAGCGGUAUUCAGGUGUUUGCAGUCCUGCUCCAUGCUCACCUGGCCGGCAGAGCCAUCAGAACCAGGCAUUUCCGUCAGCAGGUCGAACUUCCUCCUCUUUCCUCAGACGACCAGUUCGAUUUCAACUUCCAGGAGUUUCAGCCACUGAACCCAGAGCGGCAGAUUUUGCCUGGGGACUCAUUAAUCACCGAAUGCGUAUAUAACACUAAAGGCAGGAAGAACAUGACAUGGGGUGGCUUGAGCACGAGGGAUGAGAUGUGCUUGUCCUACCUGCUGUACUACCCUCGAAUCAACCUGACCAGGUGUGAGAGCCUUCCUGAGAUCACUGGCCAGCUCACAUUCAUCGGAGUCACGGAAAUUCAAGUCCCUCUUACGACGUGGCCUUUCCUGAUUAAAAGUCCAAAGAAAUACAGCAACCUUUCGUUCACCAAAGCCAUGGACAAGUUCAGAUGGACAGAGAAGAGAGGAAAAGAUUUCAACGAAGUCGUGUUGAAGCUCCCAAUGAACGUGCGCUGCUCCAAGCUGGGUUACGACGAGUGGUUGGUUCAGGGCACAACCGUUCCUCCACCGAAGAUAAAAUCAGUUCGACAGCCUACCAGAAGCGUGUGUGUGAACGGCUCGGCGUCUCAGAGUCAUCACUUGCUCUCUGUGCUUUUCAUGGCAGUACUCGUGUCCUUAAUCUUCCUUCACGAUGCCCGGCACUGACUCAGCGACUUAACAAGAAGAUGUGGUGAAGAGACAAAACUUUACUCCAACAAGCAACAACUGAAUCACUGAUCCAAAGCAUGGGAUCACAGCAGCAGCAGGAUGUUUUUGGACUGAAAGAGAUGAUUGGUCUGGAGAAUAGAAGCAGAACCUACACAAAUAUCGAUGCAUUAUACACUCUCUAAUAAACAAACGUCUCAAAUAUUUACCCCUCCUCCAUCCUUUACCCUGAGUUCUAUUAAGGAGACCAAACAAUCAGCACAAUUUCAACCAAAACAGCUACACAUCCAGUCAAAACAUUCAGGACACCAUAUAUUAUUGUUUUUCUUUUCUUUUCUUUUUUUAACAUGUCAUUUUAAAUAUUCUAAAAUUAAAAUAUCUCACCAAUUCAGAUUAAUUAUAUAUGUAAAUAGAAAAAGUUUCUAAAACAUUCUUGACAUUUAUUUUACUGAUACUCGUACUAGUCGACCUCAAAUUGCAUUAUGGGACUUUGGAUACUACUCCGGUGCAAUGCAUUAUGGGAAACUAGUGCAUUAUAUUAUAUAAUGAUGCCUGUAUUUGCGCUAUGUUGCGCUAUGUUGAAGACAUAGUAGCAUCCGAGAGCGGAUUAAAGCACAAAAAGAUUGAAGACCGUCCAUUUAACCGUCACUGCCUGUCAGAUGUUUUGAGUUCUAUUUUUUUUUUUUUAAAUUCAUUUUAAAUCAAUUUUAAUCCAUUAAAUUAAUACCUGAAAAAUGUCUUCCUUUAGUAUCAUUCUUUAAGAAAAUUCUGGAUGAAAUCAGAAAACCUCACAUACACACGUUAAAACAAUAAACCACUUAUUUUAGAGUCGCAUUUGGAUUUUCUUUUUUUUUUUUUUUUAGGAAUAAAUGACAAAAUUACAGCACACGUUAUCAUGCGUGUUUUAUUCCUUUUAUUCCACAGUCGCAUUAUGAUUUGACGAUUGACAUCCUGUUAUCAGUUACAUUAUAACAGCUAUUUACUAACACUUUCUUCCUGUUCUAAGUUACAGCUUUGACUAUUAGCACUUGAGACUGUUUGAAAAAUGAGAAAUAAACAUUUCGUUCCAGAAAACGACUAUAUCACUUUGCUGUGGUAUAAGAACAUAUUAAAAAGCUCUGA